AUGAUCAAAGUGGCCGUUUUCAGCAGAAAACCUCGAGGUCGUGGUCGUGGCGCAGCGUCUGCAGCAGCUGGAGGUGGAACUCGACCGAACGGUUAUCAUUCAACAGGAAGUACUCGAGGACGAGGUGGACGAAUGAGCUCCGGCGCAAAAGCUGCGGCUCCCCCGCCAGCUCCACCUCAACCGAAAUUCGAACUGCAUGACGUAGCUUGUCCAAAUACGUCUGCAUAUCUAGGCGCAUUGAAUUUGCCGAAAUUUGCAUCUAUACAACCAAAAAGCGAAGUCAAAGAAGAUAACGCCGACUGCGAUGAUGAAAAACCGUCGACGUCAACUCGAUUAAUCAAAGAAGAAAUAGCGGAUGAGAGGAGUAACUCCGGAUCGGGUUCAAGUGUAAUAUUGGUCGAGAAUGGAGAAUGCGAGACUGGUAAAGAAAAAACGGGUGAACAAUCCAAGGAGAAUGGAGCAAUCAAUUCAUCGGAAAGUUCGGCUGAGACGGAAGAUUCGUCUACGUCAUCUUUAGAUAAAAAGGAGUUGAUAGAACCAGAUUCUAAGCAACAUAUUAUUCAGUCGAAAGACUCUACUACGGAUAAGUUACCUUUUGUGGAGGAAGUGAUAUUCGACGAAUAUUCGUUGCUGCUAUUCACAUGUGUAUCUGAUGCGCAGGUGAGUAUCCUGGGCAACUUUCUUGUGUAA